AUGGCCACCUCGCUGCCUAUAAUGCCCUCGCGGCCGUCGCAGCGUCCCAAACUCACCGUAAACACCCACCAGCCCCGCGUAUUUGGCAAAGGCGCCUCGUUACGACUGGAUACGCUCAGCGCCGUCUCACCCACCGUGCGCAACACCUUCAACAACGCAUAUGAGCCCACAACCACAACCAACACUUCUAAUACGCUCAACACUUACGUCGCACCGCCGCCUGGGCCGCCUGCAAGGUUGCGUCUGGACAUCAGCACCACUACUCCGGCCCCAACCACCAUCAGCACCCCGGACUCGGCCUCGACCCUGUCCUCGACACUCACAUCCGCCUCCAGCGAGACGGCCAGCUGCACAAUACCGUACAAGCAGCCCCACAACCUCAACUCCAUCCUGGCCAACAGCCGCAUCGUCCCGCGCAAGAUGGCCUCCCGUCCCAUGUUCCCGGCCGAGAAGCGUGUGUCUUUCCGCACGCCGCUCGAGGAGGAGAUCAAGACGGUCAAGUACACCUUGGCCAACUCAGACCUCGAGUCGUCAAGCUCGACGUUGACCCUGGACUCCACAUCGACAGAGUCCCCUGCUUCUGAACCCGAAGCCCCAGCCACGCACCGCCCGGUCGUGCCUAAGCUCGUCAAGCCCUCGCUGUCGUUCCAGUCACUGCCAGAGACCAAGCCCACCAUCACAAUAGAGAGCUCGGCCCGGCAGCGAAAGCCACCCAGACUCGGAGACAAGCGUGACUCGUCUGAGUCUGAAGAUGACAGUGACACUUGCCCACAGACGCCCGUCGCCGGUCGACGGAAACGCAGCCGUGACUGGCGCUGGACGCUCGGCAAGCUGCCCGGUGACAGCACCUCCACAGCAAGCGAGGAAGACAGCAGCUGA